AAAAUGGGCAAAAAGAAGGCAAAUCAGUUGGGCCGAUCACUUAUCAAAGAUCGGUUCGGUCAGGGCAGCCGGAAAACGGUCGGAGAUGGGAGCAUGCUCCACACGACGGAAGUGCAGGAUGGGUACGACUGGGGCCGGCUAAACCUGCAGUCCGUGACAGAGGAAUCAUCGUUCCAGGAGUUUCUCCGUACCGCCGAACUGGCCGGUACCGAGUUUCAGGCGGAAAAGCUCAACAUCUCGUACGUGAACCCCAAAUCGAAGGUCGGCUUGCUGACGACGAAUGAGCGCGUCGAGAUCAUCCGGAAGCAGAUCGAUAAGAAGGAUCUACUGAAAAUUCCCCGGCGUCCCCGCUGGACCAAAGAGAUGACUCCCGAGGAACUGCACGUGGCAGAGAAUGGAUCCUUUCUCGAGUGGCGCCGUGGUCUGGUGGCACUGCAAGAGGACGAUGGUAUGCUGCUGACACCGUACGAGAAGAAUCUGGACUUUUGGCGUCAACUGUGGCGUGUGGUCGAGCGCAGCGACAUCGUCGUACAGAUCGUCGAUGCCCGUAAUCCGCUGCUAUUCCGUACGGAAGAUCUUGAACAGUACGUGAAGGAGGUGGACAGCAACAAGCUGAACAUGAUUCUGAUCAACAAAUCGGAUUUUCUGACCGAUGAGCAGAGAGAGUGCUGGGCAAAGUACUUCGACGAGCAGGGUGUCCGUGUGGCCUUCUAUUCGGCCGUUUUGGCUGCCGAGGAAGCGAAGCGAGAAGCCGAAGCAGAGGAGCAACUGAGCGAUACCAGCUCCAGCGGAACCGAUUCGGCAGAUGAGGCCGAGCAGGAGGUGCAGGAACGGAUCAGCAAACUCAAGCUAUCGGUUGAUAAGGCAGAGAAAACGCUCGAAAAAAUAGAAGAAAAGAUCGAUGAUUUGGCGGAUGGUGAAAGGAAAGGCGAUGUAGCAGCGAGCGAUGAUACGAAGAACAACCCGAAGCUACUGACCAACAGUGAACUGAUCGCUCUGUUUAAGCGGCUGCAUCAUGGCACACGCGUUACGCCGGGCAUCGUGACGGUCGGCCUAGUUGGCUAUCCGAACGUUGGCAAGAGCAGUACGAUCAAUGCCGUUUUCCUGGAGAAGAAAGUAUCGGUAUCGGCCACACCCGGCAAGACAAAACACUUCCAAACCCUCUACGUUGACAGUGAGCUCAUGUUCUGCGAUUGUCCCGGUCUGGUGAUGCCCAGCUUCUGCAUAACGAAAGCGGAUAUGAUACUGAACGGUAUCUUACCGAUCGAUCAGAUGCGCGAUCAUGUACCACCGGUCAAUCUGCUCUGCACCCUAAUACCACGCCACGUGCUCGAGGAUACGUACGGUAUCAUGAUAUCGAAACCGCUCGAAGGUGAAAACCCCACGCGACCACCACACUCCGAGGAGCUGCUGCUAGCGUUCGCUUACAAUCGUGGUUUUAUGACGGCCAACGGGCAGCCCGAUCAAUCCCGUGGAUCACGGUACGUGCUGAAGGAUUACGUGAACGGUAAGCUGCUAUACUGUUACGCACCACCGGGUGUGGUGCAGGAAGAGUUUCAUCGUUUCCCGGAGCGGCAACGGGAAGAGAUCGACGUCAAGCUGCUUCCACCGAGGCAACAGCGUGCGAUGAAGAUGAAUGUGAAAAAGUCCAGCACCGAUAUCGAUGAGCAGUUUUUCAAGGAACGUUCCCACACCGCUCUCGUACGCGGUCGAAGUGAUUUCCCUCACCUACGGCCCCUGGGACCGACGACCGGGGCGAAACUAACACCGGCCGAGGCAGCUGCCGCCGCCGGCAAACCAUGGAAGCAUCAGAAACGUGAAAAGCGUGAAAAGCUACGCCGCAAAUACGUCCAUCUGGAUCAACAUUGAUCAUGGGGAUCAGUGCACGAGCGAGUGACGUUCCUUUCGGAUUCCGGCUUCCGGUUGGAUUUGAUAUUGUUCUAAUUUCUGUAUAUAAAUGAUAAUGAUAAUAGUAAUAAAGCUAAAUAUUA